GGCGGAGGGGGGCGGGCUGGAGCGUGGCCCCGCGCUGGUCAUCCGGGUUCCGGGGCCCGGCGGAGGCCGCGCCGGGAGCGAGAGGGAAGUGCGGCCGCCCUGGAACCUGGAUAUCGCGCGAGGCAAGCCGCGCGCGGGCGGGCGGGCUAUGGCGCAGGCGGGUUGCGGGGCCGGCGCUGGUGGCUGGGCCCGGUGCAUGGCGGUCUGUCGGCGGAGUCGCCCUCGGGGGCUGUCAGCUUGGUGACCCAGAAGGAAAUCUCUGAGCUCAGUGGUAGCCAGAAGCCAACUUCAUGUCUGAAGGCACAAGUGGCAGUUUGUCAUGGAAAGCUUGGGGCUGCAGACGGUGACCCUCAGUGAUGGCACGGUAGCCUACGUCCAGCAAGCUGUCAAAGGAGAGAAGCUGCUUGAAGGGCAGGUGAUCCAGCUGGAGGACGGGACCACAGCCUACGUUCACCAGGUGACGAUACAGAAAGAGUCUUUCUCCUUUGAAGAUGGUCAGCCUGUGCAGCUGGAGGAUGGGAGCAUGGCCUACAUACACCACACCCCCAAAGAGGGCUAUGACCCCAGCGCCCUGGAAGCUGUCCAGCUGGAAGAUGGCUCCACUGCCUAUAUCCAUCAUCCCGUGCCUGUGCCAUCGGACAGCACCAUCCUGGCUGUGCAGACAGAGGUGGGCUUGGAGGACAUGGCAGCAGAGGAUGAAGAAGGCUUCCGCACAGACACAGUGGUGGCCCUGGAGCAGCAUGCAAGCAAGGGAGUGCACAGAGGGACACCAGGAUCUUUUCCUCAGGUUCUGCAUGACAGCCAAGCUCCCCAUAAUGGCAAAGGGCAGCAAGUUGGAGACAGAGCUUUCCGCUGCGGCUACAAGGGUUGUGGGCGCCUCUACACCACUGCCCAUCACUUAAAGGUACAUGAACGAGCUCACACAGGUGACCGCCCGUACAGGUGUGACUUCCCCAGCUGUGGAAAGGCCUUUGCAACAGGCUACGGGCUAAAAAGUCACGUCCGUACUCACACGGGUGAGAAACCAUACAAGUGCCCAGAGGAGCUGUGCAGCAAAGCCUUCAAGACCUCAGGAGACCUGCAGAAACACGUCCGGACCCACACAGGUGAACGCCCGUUCCGGUGCCCUUUUGAGGGCUGUGGCCGCUCCUUCACCACAUCGAAUAUCCGCAAGGUGCACGUGCGCACCCACACAGGCGAGCGGCCCUACACCUGCCCCGAGCCCCACUGUGGCCGUGGCUUCACCAGUGCCACCAACUACAAGAACCACGUGCGCAUCCAUACAGGGGAGAAGCCAUACGUCUGCACGGUGCCAGGCUGCGGAAAGCGCUUCACCGAGUACUCAAGCCUGUACAAACACCACGUGGUGCACACGCACUGCAAGCCCUAUACAUGCAGCAGCUGUGGCAAGACCUACCGGCAAACCUCCACCCUGGCCAUGCACAAGCGCAGCACGCACGGGGAGCUGGAGGCCACUGAGGAGAGCGAGCAGGCCCUGUAUGAGCAGCAGCAGCUGGAGGCUGCUUCUGCUGCUGAGGAAAGCCCACCACCCAAACGAGCCCACAUUGCUUACCUUUCGGAAGUGAAGGAAGAGAGCAAUGGCAUCCAAACCCAAGUAGCCAUGGUGACGGAGGAGGAUGGGGCCCCUCAGGUUGCUCUGAUCACUCAGGAUGGUACCCAGCAGGUCAGCCUGUCCCCGGAAGACCUGCAGGCCCUGGGGAAUGCCAUCAGUGUGGUGGCGCAGCAUGGAAACACCACCCUCACCAUCCCCAGUCACCAGGAUGAGCUGGCCACAUCCGGCACACACACGGUCACCAUGGUCAGCGCCGAUGGCACCCAGACUCAGCCCGUCACAAUCAUUACCUCUGGGACCUUGGUGACUGAGGAGUCAAGCGUGGCGUCUCUUCACCAUCAGCAGGUGGCGCUGUUGGCCACAGCCAACGGAACCCACAUCGCAGUGCAGCUGGAGGAACAGCAGACGCUGGAGGAGGCCAUAAGUGUAGCCACUGCGGCCAUGCAGCAAGGGGCUGUGACCCUGGAAACCACCGGCAGCGGCUGCUGAGCCCAAGAGGACCGGCUCCCAUGCCAUGCUGGAGAAGGUGCACGCUCACAGGCAGCCCUGCCUCCUGGGGCCCUGGCUGUGGCUGACCCCAAGAUGGUGGCCACUUCGGCCUCUAGGGUGAGAAGGCAACAGGAAAAUGGCCUCUGGAGGGAAGGACUGUGGGCCAUACCCAAGAUGAGCACCAGGCAGCGGGCACUGGUGCCGAAGACAUCCAGCUUGGUUACCAGGCUGCCCCAGACACCUGUUUCCCUCCCUUGGGAGAACAUUUUUCAGGCUUCUGUCCACUCUCUUUCUCAGGGAGAGGAGGACUAGGUGGACAAGGACAGGCCUCUACCCUGACUGGUCACCAGGGAAAAGGCCAACAGCUCCUCAGCCCCGUGCCUCCCAGCAAUAACCAUCUCCCGGGGCAUGCCUCGCCACUUGGCAUCAGGGACUUCCUGCCACCACAGUCAGAGUUCAUUUCUCAGGGGCCUGUGGCUGGAGUAACGGUGUCUGCGCCAUGGCUCCCCAGUGGCUCCUCACUUGUCUGUGGCAGAGAGACAGAGAGUGGCCUGCACCUAGACUGCUGGGGACUGGGUUCCAUUUGUUUUGUGGUUUGGUUUUUUAAUUCUAUUUUGAUAAUUAUUUUUCUCCUGCUCUGGGUGGUGGCGGCAAACGGGGGAAUGAGUAUUUAAUAAAAGUUGCAAGUUUCCAUGUGGGCUCCUCCGU